AUGUUAAUACUAAGAAGAGUAGUGUGUUUGUUCCUCCUAAUAAAUAAAUGGAUUGGAGUAUCGGAAGCAUUAAACGGAAGGAGCAGUAAGUUCCAAAAACUAAGUCUACUGUCGAGAACAGUAAACACAGAUAACCUUCCAAAGUUAAAAGAAGGAUAUAUAAAAAAACAAGGAAAGGAGUUAAAGGAGAAGCUAGAAAAGAAGAGAUGCGCAACAGUUCUAGCACCAGUGUUGGAAACGUACGAAAGAUACAGAGGACAGUUGGGAUUUAGCCUCGAGCUGCAAAAAGUAAGCCUGUAUUACGCUGUAGAUUAUUCAAACGACCCGAUAGUGUCACAAUACCCAAAAAAUGAAAAACACGAAGUGUAUAAACCACAAAACCAGUUCCAUAAGCCGAAGAAGCCAAACUACUACACACUAGUGAAGGAUUUCCUGAGCCUGUUUACACAAGAGAAGCAGGACAAGACGCAAGCGACGUACAGCUUGAAGCAGCUGGACACAGGGCUGCCGAACGGCGUGAUGCUGUUCAUGGACCCGAACGCGUGUGCAGAGCACGUGGUGGAGUUGAACAAGCAAGACAAGGAGGCGAGGAUGGCGUCCACGAAGCUGAACACAGUGUACAAACUGUUUGAAACAGGAUUGAACUUUUUCAGAGACAGAGAUAUAGUAAACCUGGUGGUACCGUUCUCGGAGUCGCUGGUGUACGCAACGAACAAGGGAGGCUCUAAUUUUAACGGAACUCCAGUGUUCACAACAGAUCCGCCAAUAUACUCUACAAAAAGAGCGGAUUCCAGCGAAGAAGCAGAGUCAAGCGCAUCAGAAGAUAAGUUUAAUUCGAAAGAUAAGCUGGUGGUAUUUUUCACACCAACGGAGGCGAAGGAGUUUUACAAGAAGGUGAGGUGGGAGAAGACGUACAAGGACGAGAAAACAGGAAAGUAUUACAGAAUAUGGUCAAAAUCGCCGCCAUAUAGACCAGACGUAAAAGUGACGAGUUUGGAGAAGAUAUACGGAAGAGUCCACGGCUCGGAGCCGUUUUGGGGGUACCUGUUGGAAGUAAUGCCCCCAACGGUUAAAUUGGAAAAGAGGACUGAGUUUAUGCUCAAAGAAUCUAGCAACCUGCUGCUGGCUCCCUGGUACAGCUUGAAAAAAGUAUUGAGAGGACUUUCGCUGUAA